AUGGCUGCGUCCAACGAAAAGGUUAAUAUCUAUGUUCUUGAAUAUAUCGUCUUCUCUAUUCUUUCGAAACUACCUUUAAAAUCUGUGAAGCGGUUUACUUGUAUAAACAAACAUUGGACUCUUUUAUUUGAAAACCCUUAUUUUGUGAACAUGUUUUACAAUAAUAUGGUUUCCAAAUAUAAUUCAUUGUACGAUGAACCAUGUUUCCUGCUAAGCCAUAAGAAUAGCAAUUGGGAAAGGGAGUUGUAUUUGAUUUCUGGAAAGAGAAUUGAGAACAAACUGCCAUUGAACUGGCCACGUCCUUUUAUUCGAGACCCUGGAGGAUAUAAUUAUCCUCUUCCUUUUAUUGCAUGUUCAUCUGUUAACGGCACUAUUUGUAUCUACGAUAACAUUGAUAGUCAUUCAACUGUUGUAUUGUGGAAUCCCGCUACCGAUGAAUUACAUAUUGUUGCUGAGGACCACGAUUAUUGUGUUAUUGACGGAUUUUAUGAUGAUAGAGACAUUACCUAUACUAUUCAUGGAUUCGGUUAUGACAAUGUUAGUGAUGAUUAUAAGAUUAUUCGAUAUGUUGAUUAUCAUGGAAAGCUUGAUACUCUUUGGGAUGGCCCCUCUUGGGAAAUAUAUAGUUUAAAAGGUAACUAUUGGGAUGCAAUCAAUGUUGAUAUGCCAAACUGUUGUUGGAGUAAGGUAGGUGUUGGAGUUCACUUGGAUGGAGUGUGCCAUUGGUUGGGAAUAACAGAUUCUGAAACAUAUGUGGUAUCAUUUAACUUGAGCACUGAAGUGUCUGUUACCGCUCUCAUUCCCUCAGAAUUGUUUAAUUUAAAAUGGGUUGAUAGAGACUUGGCGGUGUUAAAUGGGCAUGUAAUUAUGAUCUCCCGUUAUGUAAAGACCACUUCUUUCCACAUAUCAAUAUCAAUGUUGGGUGAGCCCGGGGUCAAUGAAUCAUGGAUUAAGCUCUUCGAUGUUGGACCCUUAUCUGACAUUAAGCGGUUUAUUGGAGCAGGGGAGAAGGGUGAUAUAUUUUUUAAAAAAGAUGAUGAUGAACUAGCCUAUCUUGAUUUGACUACCGGAGUAAUUCAGAACAUUGGUGUUAAAUUACAUCCAUAUCAUGAUUUUUCUCAAGUAGUGUUAUAUAAGAAAAACAUUCUUCCAAUUGGAGGAAUAAAAGAGUAG